CAGGCUGCGGGCCGCGCGGCGCAACACGGCGCAGCACGGCGGGGGCCGACGCGGGGCCCAUGGCCAGGACCACCAGCCAGCUGUAUGACGCCGUCCCCAUUCAGCCCAGUGUGGUGCUAUGUUCCUGCCCGUCGCCAUCCAUGGUGAGGACACACACCGACUCCAGUACGGCCCCUGGUGGUCCCAGCAGCGGUAGCAGGCAGGGCCCAGCCAUGGAUGGCACCGCGGCCGAUUCGCGGCCGAGUGCCAGCGCCCUGCAGCACGCUGCGCAGCCACCACGCAAGAAACGGCCCGAGGACUUCAAGUUUGGAAAGAUCCUGGGGGAAGGCUCCUUUUCCACCGUUGUCCUGGCCCGAGAACUGGCAACGUCAAGAGAAUAUGCUAUUAAAAUUCUAGAAAAGCGGCACAUUAUCAAGGAGAACAAGGUCCCAUAUGUGACGAGAGAAAGAGACGUGAUGUCGCGCCUGGAUCACCCCUUCUUUGUUAAGCUCUACUUCACCUUUCAGGAUGAUGAGAAGUUGUAUUUUGGCCUGAGCUAUGCCAAAAAUGGAGAACUACUUAAAUACAUUCGCAAAAUUGGCUCUUUCGAUGAGACAUGCACUCGCUUCUACACGGCAGAGCUGGUGUGUGCUCUCGACUACCUGCACGGCAAGGGCAUCAUUCACAGGGACCUGAAGCCAGAGAACAUCCUAUUAAACGAAGACAUGCACAUUCAGAUUACGGAUUUUGGGACGGCCAAAGUUCUAUCCCCUGAGAGCAAGCAAGCCAGAGCCAACUCGUUCGUGGGGACGGCGCAAUACGUGUCCCCAGAGCUGCUCACCGAGAAGGCAGCAUGCAAGAGUUCUGACCUCUGGGCCCUCGGCUGCAUCAUCUACCAGCUCGUUGCUGGACUGCCACCGUUCCGGGCUGGCAACGAGUAUCUUAUAUUUCAGAAGAUCAUUAAAUUAGAAUAUGACUUUCCAGAAAAGUUCUUCCCUAAAGCACGGGACCUUGUGGAAAAACUUCUGGUAUUGGAUGCCACCAAGCGGCUGGGCUGUGAGGAGCUGGGUGGGUACGGCCCCCUGAAAGCCCACUCAUUCUUCGAGUCUGUCACGUGGGAGAACCUGCAGCAUCAGACACCACCAAAGCUCACAGCCUACCUGCCAGCCAUGUCCGAGGAUGACGAAGACUGCUACGGAAAUUAUGACAACCUCCUGAGCCAAUUCGGCUGCAUGCAGGUUUCCUCCUCUUCCUCGGCCCACUCCCUGUCGGCCCUGGACACGGGCCCACAGCCGAGGGCUGGCAGCAAUGUAGAGCAGUACAUUCAUGGCCUAGACACCAACUCCUUCGAGCUGGACCUGCAGUUCUCCCUGGAGGAGAAGCAGCUGUUACUGGAGAAGCAGGCGGCUGGGAACCCGUGGCACCAAUUUGUAGAAAAUAACUUAAUACUGAAAAUGGGUCCAGUAGACAAGCGAAAGGGCCUGUUUGCGAGGCGGCGGCAGCUUCUGCUCACAGAAGGGCCACACUUGUACUAUGUGGAUCCCGUCAACAAGGUCUUGAAAGGGGAGAUCCCAUGGUCUCAGGAGCUCCGGCCCGAGGCCAAGAACUUCAAGACUUUCUUUGUACACACGCCCAACAGGACAUAUUACCUGAUGGACCCGAGCGGCAACGCCCACAAGUGGUGCAGGAAGAUACAGGAGGUGUGGCGCCAGCGGUACCAGAGCCCCUCGGAUGCUGCCGUACAGUGACAAUGAUGCGGGCCGACUCUGCAGCCUUUGGUUGUUUUGGUUGGUUUUUUUUGUUUUGUUUU